AUGAUCACCGGUAUCGCCCACAUCAACCUCACGGUCACUCCAGGAACUCUCGAGCAAGCACGGGAAUUCUACGGCCAGACCCUCGGGCUAAGCCCUGCGCCUGUGCCCGAGCUACAGAUCGGAACUAUCCUAUGGUUCGAUAUCGGCUCUAGCGGGCAACAAAUUCAUGUCACCUGCGGUUCGACUGAUCCCAAGUCUACGCGACAUCCAUGCUUCAAGCUACCUUCUCGUGAUGAGCUAGAGGCAACUAAGACUUCCAUCUACGACCACCAUGUCCGUGGGGGUCCGGCCGCGCCGAUGGCCGCCGAUAAGCCUGGUGAAGAAGGUUCUGGUGCAAAAGGGAAGGAGUACCCUCAGCGGUUCUUUGCUCGAGAUUACGCCGGCAAUCUCUUGGAGUUUACUAUGUAG